AUCUGAUCUGAAUGAUCAAAAAUACUCAAACACCACUUAAUAAGGAUGAAUAAAAACGGUUGAAUUAAAUAGUUUAAUAAUUAAUUGACUCUAAUGAUAGUGUAGAGUUUCGAUAGCCUGUAGAUUAUAAGAGAUUAAAUUUGCCUGAUUAUAUCUAAAUAGUUAAGAGACCUAUGGAUUUAGGGACAGUACAAUUGAAAUUGAAUAACAAUACAUACAAAACUGUAGAGGAAUGUUUAGAUGAGAUCUAAUUAAUAUGGGAUAAUUGCAAAUUGUAUAAUGGACCAUAGAGUGUAAUAAUUUGAAUUAAGAUUGAUAGUGGAUAACCAAAAUUGCAGAGAAACUUGAAAGAUUAUUUAAGAAGAAUGUGAAAAAUUAUCUACCCCUUGUAAAUCUUCCUUAAGUGGUACCAAAAACAAAAGAGAUUACAUCAGAUGUAUAUUAAGAGGAACCUUAAGAAUAAGUGACUUAUAAUGAUAAGGUGGAAUUUUCAAAUAAUUUAAAAUAAUUGGCUCCAGAAUAGAUAGGAUUGAUUGUUCAUAUGAUAUAAAAUACAUCUCCUAAUGCAUUCAUAGAAAUAGAGCGGGAAAAAUAUUAAAUAAUUGUUGAUAAUAUAGAAUAUGAAGCAUUUACUAAAUGUUAAUAAUAAAUAUAGGCAUGGAUAUCAGGUGAUGACAUAAAUAAAAAGGUGAAAAUAUGA